UGAAAAGAACAUAUUCUGAUGUCAGAAUAGCAAAUGUUCUUCCCUGUUCAAUCAUUUGCAGGCAAGGACACAAAGGAAGGGCCAUUGUGACUCAAGCUGCAGCUAAAACCAGUCCAAUGCAACAGACAUUUCAAGAACAGCAGCAGAAAAACGAUGACCUAACUGAAUGGAACAAGAAGGCACGUAUUUUCGAGAAGACAUCUCUAUUCUUAGAGUAGAAAUUUCCCUUCAAGAUGACAAGUGGUUCAAACCCUUCAGGAUCUUACUUGCCCUCAAAAGUAAGAUGUUCCAAAAUAGAUGACAACUACUUGAAGGAAUUGAAUGAGGACUUAAAGCUAAGGAAGCAGGAACUGCUAGAGAUCCUAAAACCUCUUGAAGAUAAGAACAAUCUCUUAUUCCAGAAGUUGAUGUCUAACUUGGAAGAAAAACAGAGAAGUCUACAGAUCAUGAGGCAGAUCAUGGCAGGAAAGGGGAGUGAAGAAUCCUCAGUCAUGGAGCUCAUUAAGGAAGCAGAGGAGAUGAAGCAGAAUCUGGAAAGGAAAAACAAGAUGCUUCGGAAGGAAAUGGAGAUGCUAUGGAACAAGACAUUCGACACAGAAGAACUUGGUGAUCAACAAAAAGCACCGCAGAUAAAAAACAAAGCAGACUUGCAGGAUGGGAAGGUUCCCAAAACCCCCUCCUCACCUAGGAAGACCAAGAAUGAACUGGAGACAUCAUGUGCAGAGAAAGUGAAAGAGAAAAAGAAGGGAAAGCCACAGAGGAAAAUGGAAUGGGUCAGGUAUCAGGAACAAGCCAACAUCCUUCAGAAUGGCUUUAAUGGCAAAAUGAUUGAGUUGAGAAUUGAAGCCUUGAAGAACUACCAGAAGGCCAAUGACCUGAAAUUGUCACUGAACUUACAGCAGAAUUUGGAGCCAAAGCAAGCAUAUUUUAAUCUUCCUGGGUCUCGAGGUACUGUGAACACUACAACUACCAGCAGAUUAACUACCAGCAAAAACGAAUCUAAUGUGAGAAUUCUGGGAUCAAAAACCUACACAGAACAACAAAGAGCUGAAGGAAAUCAGUUUGAUGAUGUAGGAGGGAGGAUCUUUUUUCUGAGGUCACUGCCAGAUGAAGCUCUGAAGGAUUAGAAGGCUUUCACUCCGUUUGCUUUGGACAGAUUUAAAGACGAGGCACAGCCAUUUGUGUUAAUUAAAAUCUCUCAAACCUU